CCUUUUUCUUCCCACAAUUAUUCAAUUUAUCCAAAUCCCUUUUUUCUCAAAUUUAUCCGAAAUUAUCUAUUUUGCAAAUAUUAUCUUAAUUCGAUUUGUGUUAAUGGCGGCAACAGUGAGUUCGGCGAUGAAAGGUUCAUCUUCUUCGAUUUCAUCUUUUUCUCCAUUAAUGAAGAAGAGGAAGAACAAAACGAGCAGAAAUCGUGUUGCGUUUGUUUCUGCUUCGGUUGCUACUACUUACGCUGAUCCUUACCAGACUCUUAGCGUUCAUCGCGGAGCGUCUGAAUCUGAGGUUAAGAAGGCUUUCCGACGCCUUGCUUUGCAGUAUCAUCCAGAUGUAUGCAGAGGAGAUAAUUGCACAAUCAAUUUUCACCAAAUCAACGAAGCUUAUGAUAUGGUAAUGAAUAAUUUUCGAGGCGAAACGAAAGAGGAAGAAGCAGUGGAAGCAUAUUAUGAUCCAGAUGAAGGAUUUAGAGGAACAGACAAUGAUUCAGAAUGGGAAUUAUGGGAGGAGUGGAUGGGUUGGGAAGGUGCUGGAAUUAGAGAUUAUUCUUCUCAUGUUAAUCCUUAUAUUUAAUUUAAUUUUUUCUAGAAAUAGAUGUUAUGUUGAUUAAUUAAUCUGAUCAAGUGUACAUAUUCGUCUUUGAUUAACGAAAAUGGUGAUUACUGUAAAUUAAAUAAAUUCUUGCUGGCUCUCCAAAGGAAGGGAAUGGUUAUUGCCUAUUGGGAUCUUAAGGAAAGUUCUUUGACAUCCUAAAGAAGCAAAACUAAAAUUAGACCUUUAUUCACAGGGAUUACACAUUUUUUGGACUUAUAUUUAAAAUUUCAUUUCAGCUUAA